AUUAAUGAGAUUUGAAUUAUUCUUGUUACUUUCUUUCACGGUGUGUUGAAUGAGAAUUCGUGUGAAGUUAGUGGAAUACGGUAUGGUGCUUUCGUAACGUCUUGUGAAGUGAUAAUGUCAUCGAGCAUGGAGGAGAGUCCCAUCAUCAAUUCGGACAUUGAGACUAAUGUUACGAGUGAUCUUCGGAACCUCGUCGAAAAUGAGCCUAUUGAACAAACAGCAGGAUGGAUCAAAUGCCGCACUGUACUCGGUAUUAUGGGUUUCCUGGGAUUUGCAAACGUGUAUGCAAUGCGAGUCAACCUGUCUGUUGCAAUUGUAGCUAUGGUGAACUCUACGGGCAAUAAUCCGUUGCCAUCUAAUGCUACUCCACUUGAUGUCUGUCCAGUUAGUCCUCCGGAUAAUAGUUCUACACCUGUUAGACCAGGUGAAUUCAACUGGACAGCAGAACAACAAAGUAUAAUAUUAGGAUCAUUCUUUUAUGGAUAUGUUUUAACACAGGUGCCCGGUGGCAGAAUAGCUGAAUUAUUUGGAGGCAAACUAGUUUAUGGAGUAGGAGUAUUAUUGACAGCUUUGUUCACCCUACUUAGCCCAAUAGCAGCAAGGGUUGAUUUCACAUUUUUCAUUGCUGUGCGUGCAUUAGAAGGCCUAGGAGAAGGUGUCACCUAUCCAGCUAUGCACGCUAUGUUGGCCAGAUGGAUACCUCCCCUGGAGAGGUCUAAAUUUGCUGCAUAUGUUUAUGCUGGUUCAAAUAUAGGAACGGUAAUAUCUCUGCCAUUGUCUGGGUGGCUAUGUACUCUGCAGUUGGACAAUGGUUGGCCACUUUGCUUCUAUGUGUUUGGAGGACUGGGCAUUAUAUGGUUCAUAGCAUGGAUGUUUUUAGUGUACGACACGCCACAGAGUCAUCCUAGGAUAUGUCCAAAAGAAGUGGAAUAUAUCACACUGGCUAUUGGACCUCAGGAGGACAAAAGUGGAGUAUCCAUACCGUGGCUGAGGUUCCUAACAUGUGUACCUCUAUGGGCCAUACUGAUCGCACAGUGCGGGCAGUCGUGGCUAUUCUACACACAGCUCACGGAGUUGCCUACCUACAUGCACAAUAUAUUACACUUUGAUAUUAUAUCCAAUGCAUGGUAUUCAGCCAUGCCGUAUUUAACAAGCUGGAUCGGUGGUAUCGGUAUCAGUAUUUUCGCGGACUGGCUGCUCGCAAGAGGAAAUAUCUCGCGACUUAAUAGUAUGAAGCUUUGGAACACUGUUGGGGCGUUCGUUCCGGCGAUCGGGUUGCUGGGCAUUGCAUGGGUAGGCUGCGAUAGAAUGACCGCCAUGCUGCUUCUCAAUAUUACCUCCUUCUUCGGCGGUGCCGCUUACUCAGGGUAUCAAAUGAAUCAUAUCGACCUGUCCCCGCAGCUGGCGGGCACAAUGUACGGCAUAACGAACGCGGCCAGCAAUAUUUGCGGUUUCAUGGCACCAUACGUCAUCGGACGUAUUAUAAGCUCUGACCAGCAAACACUAGGGCAGUGGCGCGAGGUGUUCUACUUGGCAGCAGCCAUCGAUCUAGGAGCCAAUCUAUUCUACUUAUUCUUCGCCAGUACUGAAGAACAGGACUGGUCGCAGCCCGACGACGGAUCAUUAGACGCAGACGCUCCAGUUGAAAGUAUUCUCUAUAACGAGUCGUAACCAUUGAAAUUUAAUAUAUGGCUUAUAGUCUAAUUGACUGUCUUUAAAAUAAUCAUUUUUAGAGAAAAGUCUUCAAACUUACUAUUUUAGGUAAUUUUCGAUUAGGCCAAAAAGGUAAACAAACAUGGGCGAUUGAAAAAAAAAAACAGACACACAACUUAACACAAACAUUUUCACAAAGAGAUUUAUUAUAAUUGAACUAAGUUUUAUUUAAUAUUUUCUAAAUACAUAUUACAAUU